UAAACUGAAACGUUGUUGUUGUUACUAUGCUAGCCUACCCAGCAGCUAACGGCUAGCUUGAAUCGAGCGGUGGCUUUAAGCCGGCCGGCGUCUCCAUUAUCUCAAUUUAGAACAGUGUCACUCUUAAAAAGCACGUUCAGGUGCUCUAUUCCUUCAAGUUGUCCUCGGUGGGCCUCCAGCGGCAGGAAAGAUGACUUCUGUUCUGCCCGAUCCAACACUUGAGCGAAACUUCAAGGGCCACAAGGACACUGUGACUGGCGUGGACUUCAGCAGCAACAUGAAGCAGAUUGCCACAAGCUCCACAGACUGCUGUGUGAUGAUCUGGAACAUGAAACUUCAGAGGCGUGCGUAUCGUUUUAAUGGCCAUAAAGAUGCUGUCAUGUCGGUCCAGUUUUCUCCCUCAGGUCAUCUAGUAGCCUCCUGCUCCAGAGACAAGACUGUACGCCUUUGGGUGCCAAACAUGAAGGCUGAGUCAAGCGUAUUCAAGGCUCACACUGCAACCGUGCGAAGCGUCAACUUUUCCAGCGACGGCCAGUCUCUGGUGACGGCAUCAGACGACAAGUCCGUCAAAGUGUGGGCGGUCCACAGGCAAAAGUUCCUGUUCUCACUCAAUCAGCACAUCAACUGGGUCCGCUGCGCCAGGUUUUCUCCAGACAAUCGCCUGAUCAUCUCGUCGAGUGAUGAUAAAACAAUUAGGGUGUGGGACAAGAACAGCAGGGAAUGCAUUCAUUCUUUUUAUGAACAUGCAGGGUAUGCAAGCCAUGUGGAUUUCCACCCCAGUGGAACAUGCGUGGCUGCAGCAAGCACUGACAACUCUGUGAAGUUGUGGGACAUUAGAUCCUUGAAGAUGCUCCAACAUUACCAAGUCCACAGUGGUGUGGUGAACAGCUUGUCUUUCCAUCCAUCUGGGAAUUUCCUUCUUACUGCGUCCAAUGAUUCUACAACAAAGAUCCUGGACCUUGUUGAGGGAAAACUUUUGUUCACACUACACGGACAUCAGGGUGCUGUAAAUUGCGUGGCCUUUUCCAGAAACGGAGAGUACUUUGCCACUGGAGGUUCUGAUGAACAGGUGAUGGUGUGGAAGAGCAACUUUGAUGAGGGCAGCGACACUGUCAGGGCACAGCGCUCCACUUCUUACCAGGUGCCACCCGCCAGGUCAGGAACUCCACGGAUGUUAAAAUCGCAGCCAUCUGGACACCAAGGCCAGGCACCUGAACCAGCCAGAACAGUUCGCCACAAUCACAAUGGAGUCCUGCCUCCCGACGCCCACAGGAACUCAAGCACCAGUUCCACUUACACCCUUGCAAACAUCCAGAGCCCGGCUCAGCCUCCGCUCCAAGUACCUCGUCGCGCCUCCUCCUCUGAAGCAAGCAUGGAUCUCACCAACACACUAGAGCACAUUAUGGGUCAACUUGAUAUACUCACUCAGACGGUGUCCAUCUUGGAGCAGCGAGUGACGCUGACUGAAGACAAGGUGAAGGAGUGUUUAGAGAACCAGGUUGCUCACAUGAAAGCAUUUACAGGCGAGGAGGACUGGACGACGGACACGCACUGAGCCCAUAAAGACUUUUGUCUUCACAGAGAUGACUGUUGGUGAAGUGGUUGCAAACAGCGGUGACUGAGAAUGCGUUUCUUUUCCUGCUGAUGUGUGUCUACAGUAGACAACAUUUCGUACAUUUCUAUGCAGCGCACGUCUGUUUUUAGCUGUGUCUCUUUGCUGGCUUGCAGGCAAGAAAGGCAACAGUAAAGCUCCCAGUAAGAAAAUCCGAUUAUCCAAACAUAUUAAAAGCCUCAAGCUAUUGCCUCAUUCAUUACACAUGGUGUCUUGUCUUUUAAAUGUACGCCCAAAUUUAAACUUUCCACGUUUACAUAUAAAUGGAAAUGCACCACAGGAGUACAGUGUUUUCAGAACGGACUAAUUAAUGCAUUUAAAAAGUGCAAAUACAUUUUCAGCUAGCAGAAAGAGGGGUUUUGAAUUGAUUUAAAUCACCACUUAUUCAUUUUUUAAGUGGUUAUUUUUGUAUGCGGUUUUCUUACUGUAACUCCUGCUGGAAAUUAAACUUAUUAAAUUAUAUUAUCUUCGGUAACCUUUGCAAGUCUGU